GCAAAAAGACCAUGUGGGCAUCAAGGCUGCUACUUCUGACUGUGACUACUGCUGCAUUCGGGGAGCUUGCCUUCGCCUUGAAAUGUUACAGCUGCCAGCAGCCCACCAACAUCUCCAAGUGCACCACCAUUGCUACCUGUGCCCCUGAGGAGACCAUGUGCAAGACAACCAUGUAUUCUCUGGAGGAAGUGUACCCCUUUGUGGGAGAUGCCACAGUCACAAAAGCAUGUGCCCAGAGGUGUGAGCCCUCAGAUGUGGAUGGCAUCGGUCUCACUCGACCUGUCUCAUGCUGUAAUCAAGACCUAUGCAACACAGAUGGGGCUGCUGCCCUGACAGGCUUUUGGGGGGUGGUCUUUACCCUCCUCUUCUUCACCUUCCUACUCCUAUACACUAGAAUCUAAAGGGAUAGGGUUGGACAAAUGUUAUUACCUCUUUGCUUCCUAUCCUGAGUGUUUCCCUUUCAGUAUUCAGCUGUGAGAUAGUCUCCCUAACCGUAGCUCUCUGCUAGCCUUUCAGCUGUGGAUUGUGGGAAAGAAGAAUGUCACCAGCCUGAGAGGGGAAAAAAUGGAAUUUUCAUCUUCAAGAAUCUCCACUCUGAGAGAGAGACUCAACUCUGACCCUCAGAGAGUCCCUGGUUUGAGCAGAGUAGAAAUAUUCUUGUCUCCUUUCUAAUCCUCUUUAUCUUUCACUGCUUUCAGCCUCAGCUUUCACAUCUAUAAAAUGAGGAUGUAGCAUCUACCUCACAGGGUUGUUAUAAUGGUCGAAUGGGAUAAGACAUGUAAAGUACAGUACUUACAAAGCA